GCUCGAGCCCUCUGGCUUCUUCCCACCUCCGCCGAGUCCCUGCAGUCCAUCGAGUGCCGCGACGCUUUCGGAGGGCUCCUUCCCCUCCAGCAGGCGAAGCUCUGAGACCCACCUGGCAUCUCCAUCCUUUUCAUCGCAACGACAGAAGCCCAAGGACCGUGCCGCCAAAUAUGAGGCAUACAUGCCAUUGUGUGAAGUACAACAAGCCCUGAAGAAAGGGAGGUCGUGGAGGGGGUGCUGCGCAUCAACCCGAGGAACUACGAGGACUCCUUUAUCAGUGCGCCGGACAGUCAGAUGGACAUCUAUAUUGGCGGUCUACGUGACCGGAACCGGGCCCUCAACGGGGACCUUGUGGCUGUGAAGAUCAAGCCACAGGAAGAGUGGAAGGUUCUUUGGGACCGGAUACACCUGUGGGAACAGAAGACUGGCCAGAGCAUCCACGAUGUCCUUCUAGGCAGCAACAGUGCAAGCGGAGGAGGCUCUCCAGUCGAAGAUGGCGAGAAGUUGGAAGAGCAGCCCAACGACUCACUCCUGGAGGAGGACUUUGUGGACGAGUCGCCCGAAUCGCCAGUGCCUCUGGCAGCAGCCACCUGGGAUGGCUCUUCUCCGAACCCAGGUGCUCCUCGUCCCUCGGACACCAUCGAGGUGCUCGGCAUCGAGCGGCUGCUUGGCCAGGUGCAGGAGUAUGUGCAGAAGCAGCGACACAAUGGCAGAAGCCACCGGAAGUCGGGAGGCCCUCGUCAAGGCCGCCUGCCCAUGCUGUGCUCGUUGGAGGCAUCGCUGGCACCGCUUCCUUCCGCACUUGUCGCCACGACUCUGGGCGGAGACCGGCUGCCGGCACCAACCCGUCCACAGCCGGAGACCCAGCCAGAACCGGAAAGAGAGCGCGAGGACACCGCUGCUAUGGACCCCUGGGCCGAGACCGAGGACCUGGGCUCCACCAUGGUCUUCUCGCCGGAGGAACUGCUCGAGGUACCCGAGCCAGAGCGACACCACCGCUCCUCGUCGCCACCUCUCCAAGGGCGUGUGGUCGCCCCCGACGAACUGAGCGGCGAGGACGAUUGGUCAUCGGAUGCGGAGAGCACGGGCAGUGCAGCGCUCGAGCAACACCUGGAAGACAUGGCCUUCCUGCAGGCCUCCCUGGAUGCACGCAACCCACAGCAGGAGGAGGGCAGCGCACCACAGGGCAGGACGGGGGGAGAAAGCGUCGCCGAGCGCAUCGGGCGCAGCGUCAACUUGGCAGCAGCCACGUCGGAGGUAGACGGCAUCAGUUUGCCACCUCCACCAAGGUCCGCCGUGGAGCAGGAACCACCACCAGACAGCAAGAGUGCAGCAUCCGGGGGUGGCUGGGGGCCUCUCACGUGGGGCCUCGCUCCCGGUGGGGACCAAGAGGGGCCAAAGGAGACACCCGCUGUGCCACCUCAAGCAGCGCAAGAAGCUGCCGCGCAAACUACACCCCCAGACGAGGAAUGUCUCGUCAGCAGCCGCAAGGGCGAGCGUCUGGCCGGCAACAACAAGCACCGGAAAAGACGUUCGUCGAAGAAGGACAGAAAAAAACGGGGACCAGCCGUGCAUGGUGGGAAGGCACGUGCAGCCAAGGGCCAGUACGAGGGGCUCUCGGUGGCCGACAUUCUGCGCCAUCCUCUGUCCAAACGCUUUGUGCAGCGCACAGGAGAGGUAGGUGCCAUAGUCGCUUAA